CUCAAUCUUCUCGAAGCUAUCAGCGACUAGGGACGACCCCACCGUCAACAAGAAGGCUGAAACGCACUGCGUGGCGGACAGGGUCAUCGUUCUCCAGUCUGGUUCCACGUUUCUGUUAUCUCGCUAGCCCACGCGAUCACCGCUUUCACCCAGGGCUAUUCCCUGUCUUUCCUCUCCGCAACGACUUCAUCUGUAUAAAACCAUCUGUUGUCCCCGCGUCUACUCCUCCGCCAUGUCUACCGCAGCUCAAGAAGAAGUCGACCGUCUCUUCAAUCAGAAGGAACGGUAUACAUCUCAUCCGGAAGAUCGUGACGACCCCGACGACAAGUCGAGUUCUGAAGCCGACGACGAGGGCCCGGACUACGUCAACUCCGAUUCAGACAGCGAUACAUACAACAUGGUCUCCAGACCCUCGAAUUACCAUAUCCCCACACAAACAUACGAUGCAAACACAGGCCCCAAGGGUGUGAUCGCAGAUGCACAAUCCUAUGAGCGUGCAAAGAAGCGAUCCUUCCGGCGCACCCUGAUGGGUGUGACCGGAAUGGAUCAUUUUUCCAACAAGUCGAAGCAGGAGUCAAGACCGUUGAGGGACCGUCGUUCUACUGAAGGUUCUCCAAGUGAAGAAGAUGAGGAGUUCAUGCGCAUGUGGCGUGAAGCCCGACUACAAGAAUUACAACAACGCAGUAGAAGCAAGACCAGUCCCAGUCGGAGAACCUAUGGAACGGUGGAGAAGGUCGAUGCUAAUGGAUACCUUGAUGCCAUCGAGGGAGCUUCACCGGAGACGGUCGUCUGCGUCUGCAUAUAUGAUCCAGAGUCGACCUUGAGCUCUAUUGUGGAAGACUCGCUUGUUACUAUUGCUCGCAAGAACGUGGCAACUCGCUUUAUCAAACUGCAUCAUGAGAUUGCGGAGAUGGAGAACGUUACACCUCCCGCUUUGAUAGCCUACAAACGUGGAGACGUGUUCGCGAGCAUAAUGGAUAUCAUCUCUCAGCUGCCCAGCGGCAGAGACUUGAGCCCUGCCAGCCUUGAAGACUUGCUGAAGCUAUACCGCAUUGUGUAAUGUCCAUUGCGACAGCUCGAAGUCUACUUUGCAUCUCUCUUAAUGCUUCCUUCUCUCUAGAUUGGCUGAAGAAAUCUCGCCUGUUGCAAGAGCAUCGCGUGGGCGUAUGGUUGUUUCA